AUGGUUGAAUACUCAAAGGAAGUGAUGAAAGUAGACAACUCUUUUCUCACGGUUCUUCUACAAGACCACGUCGGAGGGCUUCAAGUUCUCCAUGACCAAUACUGGGUAGAUGUUCCUCCUGUCCUUGGAGCUCUUGUCGUCAACAGUGGCGACUUUCUCCAGCUUAUUACAAACGGCAAGUUCAUAAGCGUGUUUUGGCGAAUGCAGCUGGAGCAUAAACAAAUAACACGUUGGAAACAACGGAAGUUGCUUCCAUGCAUAUUUCACGACUCACCUUCCAAUCUAGAAAACCCCAAGCCGCUCUCCUCUGACUUGCUACAUCUCACGACGAUCCCAACGAUAGAUCUCGAAGGACGAGUCUUCGAGGACGAGACUAAGCGCAAGAAUACGGUUGAUGAGGUUAAAGACGCAGCAGAGAAGUGA